CAAGUUGGGAUUGUAUGCAGUAGUCAGUGAUGGGCUGAGAAAGCAAAAGGCAAGAGGGAGAGAAGGAUGCUGUUGCUGCAAUAAAGAACCCAAAAGAAAAGGAAGCCCUCUCCCCCAUUGCCAACGGAUCUUUUCUUCCCUUCUCUCUCUCUCUCUCUCUCUCUCUCUCUCUCUCUCUCAAACAGUCUCAAGAAAAAAGAAAAAGGAAAUUCAAAAACAAUCCCAAAAAUGGCUUAACAAAAUCAAUCCUUCUCCUGCCCUACCCAGAGAUGAACUCCCUUUCCUCUAUUCCUCCACCUUCAACCUUCACACUUCCAUUUUCCCCUUCUAUUGUUCAUGCAAGAUCCAAACAAUUCCCAAUCACGGAAGCCGUGGUACCAAAGAGCAGUGGAAAUGGCCACCCUGUGGAAAACCAUUUCCAAGUCCCCGGAAAUUCCCACAACCAAUGCAACCUUAUGGAAAACCAUUUCCAGAUCCACCGAGGUUUCAGCCACAAGUGCAAACAGACAGAAGCUAAGAAAAUGCACCUCCCUAAAGGUUGCGACAUCGUUCACGCGAGUUUGCUUAUGCGCACCAAUAUCUUCCUACACGGAGAUCUUCCAAGCUGAUGUUCCUCCAAGAAGAAGCAACAGUUACCCGAGAGCAAAGCCGUUUCCCUCCCAGCAAGAAAGAACUCCGAGCUCCAGAAUCAGCAUGGAAGGGAGGAGAAUUUUCCGGGGAAAAUCCUUGACAGACGAUGUGUUGAUGAGAAGAUUUGUUGUGGAAGAAGAGGCAAUGAUGCAGGUUAGGAGGAGGAACCAGAUGGAUAUAAUUAGGAGGAGGGCUGCCAUGAGAAGGAAAAUGCUUGGGCCAAGCCCUCUCAGUAGAAUGGUUUUGGCCGAGGAGGAAUCGAUUUAAUGAAACAGGUGGGGCUUUAAGGCUUUCCUUUCCUCUAUCCAAACAACAACCGUUAAUGGUAUUUUCUGCUCCCCUCAUUCUAUUCUUUGAGGCUGUAAAUGGCAGCUAUUCAUCCUAGUAUUCUCCAAAGCAGUGAGGUAAUCCCUCCUCUAGUCGUCGGUUUUCGUUCUGUUACUUGAGAAACUAGCUGCUUCAGCCCUUUAACCACUGGAAUUCAUGCAUAAAUGGGAUCUUCUUGCUAGAAAUUAUUGGCUGUUCUUGCUAGAGAUGAUGGUUUUAUAGAUUGGUUUCAACAAAGAACUCAUCGCAAUUCAAACUUUGAUGGAAACAUGCAGGAAAACCCGAGUAUGAAAUUAAACCAUCAGUUCCCCUUUAACAAGAAUGAUCGACCCCAUAAAUCCUAUACCCUAUACCUAAUGCACGAGACUCUUUAUUUUCUAACAGUCAUAUUUGUACGUAGCCUCUUUGUUUCUACAACUCGACCUCGUGGACCUUCUGGACACAAAGCUUCACCAGUGGGGAAUAACAUUUGAGUUGAACUGCCAACCUAGACACGUCUUGUUUAUGCAGCCCAGAGAGAGGCAUCAAUUAGGUUAGCAACCUCUUCUUUUUAGGUCACUUGGUGAACAAAGCUGCUCUGUCUUCCCCAAAGUUUGAUCUUGCUUAUAAGCCACUCUAAUCCUAUUAUUAUACCUAUUGAAAUGCAGAUCUAACUUGUGAAACAAGGGUUGCAGUUAUCUUAUACUUGUCAAUCAUAUUACAGCCUAUAUAUAUACAUACAUAUUAGGUCUCUUCUCUAACUACCAUUAUCAACCCUUCCCUCUUUCUUCUUGUCAGCCACCAACCCUCCCUACUUAGCUUACCUUCUUUUUUUUUUUUUUUCCCAUUAUUGUAUCGAUAAUAACGGUUAAAUUGUCCUUUUGUGAUUAGAAGGUCAUGGGGUUGUGUUGCAAAAAUGGUUUUUCUAGAAGAAAUGUUUUGUUAUAAAAAAA